AUGAUUCGCACUUUUGGCCAAGCUCGAGUCCCGAGGUAAGUCGAGAGGAUUUUACCUUUUGCUUCAAUAGAGCCCCUUUUGAAGUAGACUACUUUGAUCUCUGUUCGCUGAAAAAGUGGUUAGUACCAGACCGUCUUGUUGAUUUCAACUUUAAAGUUAAACUUUUGUUAGUACAAGUAUUCGCAGAAAUAGAGGCUUUAGCAAAGUUCCUAUCCCUGGGCUCCAGUAAUGGCUCCGUGCCCGAAAUCAACACGUCAAACAAGUUCACUCAAAACAGUCUUGCGGUAUUUAAACAUUUGUGA